AUGAAUUUUGAUUUAUUAUCUGUCACGUCAAAAACAAAACUAAUGGCCGAUACUGAUCAACGAUAUAGGUUGGUUGUGAUGGGCGCUAGUCGUACGGGUAAAAGUAGUAUAAUACGAAUGUUUUUGAAUGGAAAAUGUCCUGAAACUUACCGUGAAACUGUUGAAGAUUUAUAUUAUCGAGAAUAUACAGUUGAAGAUAAAACAAUUAAAGUUGAUAUUUUGGAUACGGCAGGCAAUAUGGAGUUUCCAGCUAUGCGCCGAUUAUCUAUUGCAACAUCACAUGCUUUUAUACUUGUUUACAGUGUAGAUAAUCUGUCAUCAUUUGAAGAAAUUCGUCAUAUUAUUGAACAAAUAAAAGAGCAACGAUCAACAAAUUAUCAAGAAAUACCAAUUGUGGUUGUUGGUAAUAAAACCGAUCGAACAGAUAAGCGUCAAAUAGAAGAAGAACAAGUACGAGAUAUGUUACAAGAAUUGGGACCAUUACAUUGUCGUUUUGCUGAAUGUUCAGCACUUGAUCGUCCAAGUAUUAUUGACAUAUUUUUAAAAUUAUUGAGUCUCGUUCAAUUAUCCGCUGCUCGAACACUAAGUCCAAUAUUACGACGAAAAGUAAGUGAAAGAUUGAAAAAAAAAGAAUUUACAGAAAAUGAGAAAGGUAUUAAUCGUAGUAGAAGUUUAAUACGUCGAACAAGUGUAAAGAAAAAAACUCAAACAGAAAAAUUAAGUGAAACACCAAACGACUGUCUAAUAUCGUGA